AUGACAUCGUCGUCAUCAACAACACAUAAUUUAUUCGAUCGGCCUGAAUUACUUGAUAAUCAAACUCGUUUAAUAUUAUCUGCUGAUAUUAAACCAAAACGACUUAAUCGUAGUGCAACACGUUCAGCUGGAAUACCUAAUAUACGUGAACGUUCAGAUUCAGGAACAAGUACAUCGGUUAUUCAAGAAAUUGAUAAUGAUAUUUUAGAUGGAAAUACUGAAAUUAAUAAUGAUGAUUAUUAUUUAACUCGACAAAUAUCAAUUACACAAAAUGAUAUUAAUUAUGAUACAGAUAUUGAACAAGAACAAGAAUCAACAAAAGAUUACACAUGUAAAGGUCUUUAUUUAGAUCAAUGUCGUCGUCAUGGUGUUAUACCAUCAACACAUUUUUUACGUCAUAUUAAUAAUGAAACAUUAUCAAUACGUUAUUGUGGUUUAAAACCUAUUAAUAUUAAAGUUAUGGUACCAUCAUUAAAAAUUAAUACUAUAAUAACAAAACUUGAUUUAAGAGAUAAUGGUUUAGGAUCACGAGGUGCUGUUUAUAUUUCACAAUUAAUUAAAGAUAAUGAAUAUAUUGUUGAAUUAAAUCUUUCAAAUAAUGAUAUUGGUUUACAAGGUUGUAAAGCUCUAAGUCGAGUACUUCGUUCAAAUCGAACAAUACGUAUGCUACAUCUUGAAGGUAAUCGUUUUAAUGAUGAUUGUACACCAUAUUUUGCUGAAGUAUUAUCACAAAAUGAAUAUAUUAUUUAUAUAAAUUUAAACAAAAAUUUCUUUGAAAAUGAAACAUCAGGUCGUCUUUUUGGACAAUCAUUAGCUGAAAAUCAAACUAUUGAAGAAUUUCAUUUUGGUUGGAAUCGUUUACGUGCAAAAGCAUGUGGUUAUUUUAUAAAACCACUUGUAUCAAAUGCACGUUUAACAAUACUUGAUUUAUCAUGGAAUGGAGCUAGUCUAUUGGCUGCAAAAGCUAUUUUUGAAUUAUUAAAAAAGAAUUCUACUUUAGAAAAACUUUAUUUAGAUAAUAAUCAAUUUAAUACUGAAUGUGCUACAUAUAUUGGAAAAGGUUUAGCAAAAAAUGAAACAUUAAAAAUUAUAACAUUGCAUGGAAAUCCACUUGAAUCAAGUGGUUGUUAUGCUAUAGUACGUCCUUUAAUGAAACAUCCAACAUCCCAACUUCAAAUUAUUGAUUUACGUGGUAUUAUUGUGAAUAAAGAUUUUGUUGAUUUAGUAACUGAACUUUCAUCAAUAUUACUACAGUUGACAAUUAAAUUGGGUAGAGAAAUAGAAAAAGAAAAUGAAUAA